AUGGGAAGCACUUUGAGUUCUUGGCUCGAUUGCCUAAUGAAUGGUUUGAAAGUUUCCUUUAAAUGUGAUGCAGAGGGAAAAGUAGAAGAAAAAAGAAACAACAACAACGACAUCAAAAUUGAAUACGAAUUAAGAUUUUCACAGCACGAUAUGAGAAUGAAAAAUAUGAUAUUUUAUCAUAAUAAAAUGUAUAAUUUACAAGUGUUUAACACAAUGAACAGAAGCCACGAUUUAUUAGACUUCGGACAAAAUCUUAAACAUAAAACUCAGCAACGAAGCCUUCAUACUUAUCGAUUUUUUCUCCAAUGCCUUCGUGGAGUUUAA